CUGACCCCGCGCAUCGCCGCCGCGGGCAGGGGGUCACCGGGAGGCCGGGGCGCCGCGCAGCAGCCCCGCUUAAAUACCUCCGCGCCGCCCGCCCGAGCCGCACAGCGCGCCGCGGGCUGGGGCCCACAGCAGACCGGGCCGCCGCCGCCGCCGGGGACUUGCGCGCCCGCGCAGCGCCGCGAAGGAGCAGAGACAGAGCCGGGGACGCGCCGCGGCCGCAACAUGCCUGCGCACUUGCUGCAGGAGGAGGAGUUCUCCUCCCCUCCCACCACUACCACUGCCAGCAUCCUCACCUCUCGGGUGACCAGGAAUGGGGAUGCCGUCAUGGAGAAGAACUUACUCAAUCAUGAAGACUUGGCAGGAGACAGGGGCAUGAUAGAUGAUAUCUUUGACGAGACCUACUGUGAGAAGGAGGGCCCUAAACCCCCCCUGCGAUACGUCUGGAGGAAUAUCAUCCUCAUGAGCCUGCUACAUUUAGGGGGCAUAUUGGGGGUGAUGCUGAUACCUUAUGCAAAGAUCCAGACCUUGGCAUGGGCUGUUCUGUGUUUCCUGGUGAGUGCUCUGGGGAUAACAGCUGGAUCUCACCGCCUCUGGAGCCAUCGGUCCUACAAAGCCACACUGCCCUUGCGGAUCUUCUUGACCAUUGCAAACUCUAUUGCUUUCCAGAACGACAUCUACGAGUGGGUCCGAGACCACCGUGUCCACCACAAGUUCUCUGAGACGGAUGCGGACCCUCACAAUGCCAAGCGGGGCUUUUUCUUCUCCCACAUUGGUUGGCUGCUGGUGCGCAAACACCCCGAUGUCAUAGAGAAGGGCCAGAAACUCGACCUGAGCGACAUGAAGGCUGACAAAGUGGUGAUGUUCCAACGGAGGUACUACAAGCCCUCAGUGGUGCUGCUGUGCUUCACAUUGCCUACUGUAGUGCCCUGGUACUUCUGGGAGGAAUCCCUCAUCAUCAGCUUCUUCAUUCCAGCCAUCCUGCGCUAUGUCAUAGGGCUCAAUGCCACCUGGUUAGUGAACAGUGCUGCUCACAUGUUUGGCAACCGGCCAUAUGAUAAGCACAUCAACCCACGAGAGAACCCCCUGGUCAGCCUGGGGGCCCUAGGAGAAGGCUUCCACAACUACCAUCACACCUUCCCCUAUGACUACUCCACCAGUGAGUUUGGCUGGCGCUUCAACUUCACAACAGCCUUCAUCGACCUCAUGUGCCUCCUGGGGCUGGCCAGCGAUCGCAAGAAGGUCUCCAAGGAAGUCAUCUUGGCUCGGAAAAUGCGGACUGGAGAUGGGAGUCAAAAGAGUGGCUGAGUUCCUGCUCCCCUCCACACACACAUCCACACCUCUCCUUCCUCCUUUUUUUCUUCCUUUCUCCCUUCCUGACCCCUCUGAACACGCUGGACAGAGAUUUAAUGUUCUGUUUACUAACUACUGAAUAAUGCUACCAGUUUGCUUAAGAUAAUGAUAAUGAGUUUUAACCCCUUCCCACACUGUAUUUUACAUGAUAUAUUUAAAACCUAGAACUCUGCCUUUAUAAUGCAAGGCCAUCCUUUUCCCUCCUCUCUUUUUCCUUUUUGUUAUUCUUUUCUCUUUCUCUCUAGCCCCUCUAUUCCCUCUUUCUCUUUACUUUUGUCCCUAUCUCUCCUUGGUAGAGGAGCUGGUAGAAAGUUGCCUAGGAUAUCCCCAUUGCAGCCGGCUAAAUAAUAUGGAGUUAAGAGAAGUCUGUACCAGCCAGCUAAAGAGUUGAGCCAAAGUCAGUCAUUCUCUUCCCCCCAAUAACCCCCAGAAACUCCUCCCUCUCCCUCCUCUGUCCCUUCCCCUUUCUCAAGGGCUGCUGACACUUGGCAUCACUAAACUGCUUUCUCUGGGAAAAGCAGCCCCAUCCCCACUCCUUGCCAUCAGAAAGAGAGAGCAUGACAUUGUCUCUCCCCCUUGCACCUCACAGCUGUGGGUCUCUGGCUCAUGCAGGUGAAGGCCAGGCUGGGAGAGGCUGGGGAAAAGGGAGCCCCAAAAGUCUCUAGAGGGCUCCUUAUUACCUCCUUGGUCUGGCAUCACAACUUCCCUCCCAUCACCAGACUGCUGCACCUCAGGACUAUGGCUGUUUGCAGAGACUGGAUGCAGCACCAGGCACUGGACUCCACGUGCGCCUUUGGAAAGCUGUGGAGAGAAGGGCCACACCGGGAGAUGGAGGGCUGCACCACCCACUGCCCCAAGACUGGACUGGCCUGGGGGCAGUUUUGUUCAGAUGCCAUCAAGAUGCAAGCAAGUGGGACUUUGCCAGAAUGGAGAGAGGGAGAAGGAUGUAAACCAAAGCUCCACCAUUGUGUUAAGCUGCUUGAUGUGCUGGAAGAACAAGGUCCCUGCUGGUCCUGUGGACUCCCUCAUACUGAGCACAGAGCACGGAGUGGCAGCUGGCGCAGCCUCUGAGUGGCCAGGAGAGCAAGGGAUAGCCUAGAAACUCAGCAAGGAGGGUAGGGUAUCUCAGAGGGCUGAGGGAGCUCGUCUCCUUGUCCACAUGGGCUCCACUCUGUUGAUUAACAAGUGCCUGCCAAAAACCACCAUGGAGCCAGGUGGCUCCAGGUGGCAAGCUUGAGGGAAUCAAGGCCUCCUGGACAAGAUCCUGGUCCCAGCAUGUCCCACCUCCGUAAUGAGACGGGGCCAGACCAAGAGAGGAGUUGGGAGUGGGUUGUUUUCUUGCCUGUGGUCUACUGAGGUGGUUUGCAAUUAGCUUUCUCUGCUCCCCUGAAAGGUUCUGGAGAGAGCAUGGGAGUGGGGAGAGAGAGGGAGAGCACGGCUCCUUGUCAGGCCUUUAACUUGCCUCCGCGGGCUGGUGCCCGAGGUGCCCCACCAGUGCUGAAGCAGCAGCAGCGCGUGCUUGCCCCAUGUAGCUUGCAGCACAACAGAGAGCCGCCCAGCAAGGGGUGGCCACCGUCUUGCUUCUCAGCCUGGUGAGCACGCCACUCGCCUGUGACAGCACGCGGCAAGGGCGGCUGAGUUUGCUUAAAGGUCAGUUACAUCACCCAAGGCCCCGAGACAUGGUGAGCAUGCAGUGGAAGGGUGUGUUAAGAUAAAAAAAAUCCUUGUGGGCGUUGUUUCCUGCAAGCUGCAGAGAUGACAGCUUGAGGACAAGCUGUGGGUUAGAUCCUGGGUGUAGUGGUCCCCAGCCUCUCACCAGGCUGAACACCGUUUCCCUCCCCCCAUUAUUUUUAUUUUUCUUAUUAUUAUUAGUUGUAGCAAUAGUGUAAUUUUUUGUUGCUUAAAUGCAUCAAACGGAGCUGGAGGAAAGCACAAGAGGUGGCCAAGGGUGGCUGGAAAGAUCUGAUGUUGGAGUGGGGCUUGUAGCAUCUCUCUUUUCCAGGCAGAUCAGGGAAGGCAGAGACAGAGUGGAUACCGACUUCCUCACCUCGGCUGUGCGACGUCACAUCCAGGCAAGCUUUGUGGGAGUGAGUAUCUGCAGCUCUGCUUUCUCCUGCUACUGGGAAAUGCCCCAGGAUCCAGGACAGCGCUGUGAUACUCUCCUUGAGGAGAACAUGCUUUUGCUCAGAAAAGAAGUCCUUCUCCUCUCCUUUGCCCUCCCUGCCAUUUCCUCAGCCUAGUUACUGCUCAUGAAUGGGACCCUGCUCAGUGGCAAGGUUUGGUAUAGUCGCUGGCCGAGAGAUGCAACAGGGAGGAAGGGAGUAGGGAGCCCUUCAGCUCCUGGAGCCUAAACAUAGGCAGCAGCAGCUGGAGACAGCACCCUCACUGCCUUAAGGCUCAUGGCUGUCUUGGGGCAGUGUGGUGCAAAGCGGGCUGUGGCUGGAAUUGUAUUCCUCUAUUUAAAAAAAAUACAAACACACACACAAAAAGAAACACUACUGGCUCUGAAAGGUAGGCUGACUUUACCUUAGUCUAAACCCCUCUGAAAUCAUGGAAGUCUCCAGAGAGGAUGAAGUUGCUCCAUCCAGGAAUUUGGAAGGCAGGUGUAGAGGGGAGAAGGUGAAGAGAACGAUUUCUCUGCUCCUGGUGCCCUUGACGUGUUGUGUGAUAUACCUGGCAGCAGAGAAGCAUGCCAUGACAUGCUGCUAUACUUCACAUCCUCUCAGCAGAGAAGCAGGGUUUGACAUCAAGGGUUUCCUUCAAAUUUCAAGUGCUUAUUUGGGUCAAGAGAUCUGGAAUUAGGGUGGAAGCUGAGGAGCAGUAACCAAACAGUCCUGGUGUUUGCCCAGUCGCUUUAAAGGUAGAUUGGCAAAUAUCUCUGGGUGCCUUAAAUUUUUCUUUAAUAUACAUAGGAGUAUUGACAGCUAUUUGCCAUUUUCUUCUUUUUUGCUGACUUACGAACAUUUGAGGGGUUUCUUAAUUAUUUAAUUGCCUGCACUGAACUGUGGGUGCAGGUGAUUUUGAAUGUACUUGAGUUAGAAUUUUUGUUAGAUUAAGAAACAGAUACAACACUUAAGUAGCACUUCGUUUUAUAUACAUAUAUAUAUAUAUAUAUAUACACAUAUAUAUAUAUAUACACACACACACCUAUAAAUAUAUAUAUAUAUAUUUUUGGUGGCAUGUUUGUAUCCUGGAUGCGUCCUCUGUACGUUUAGUUUAAAUGAGUCUGCGAGAGGUAGAAGCAGAAAAUGCAGCAGUGGGCCCUAGUGGCUAGAGCGGCGGUUCUCCUGGGCUCUGUUCCCAGCUUAGCUGCUUGUUCACUGCGUGAUGUUGGGCAAAGUCACUUAAAAACGCUCUGUGCCUCAGUUUCCCUGUCUGUAAAACGGGGCUACACGCUGCCUCUCGGUGUGUGGUGAGGGCCUGCGCAGACUUGCAUGGAGAGCAGGAGGAGGGAGACACACCACACGCACACCGGUGCCGGCGGAAGCGUGCACCGGUUUGUUUUCCAAGACCAUUCCCAGUCCCGAUGGUACUGUGAAAAGCUGAUGUCCAAGUGUUGGGUGUUUAGGGAAGGACUGGAAAGUUGAAUCUGUGCAUUGUCUAAGCUCUGUUGCUAUUGAAAUGUGAGUAGGAUACAAUUUUCACAGCUUAGGGAUUUCUGCAUAGUAGUAUCUCUGUUUUGUGUACUGGAAAAGAAAAAAACAACCUUUUUGAAAUAAUUUCUACUAAUACGGAACAGAUGUCUGGUUGUGCUGAUCUGAAAUUUUAUUUGUUCAUAAUAAAAAUGUUACUUUAAAACA